AUGACUUCUCAAAAGCUCUCCCGCGAAGCGGUGCCGCUUGCGCUCGCUGAUGUCACGGCUCGUGGGCCUCAAUUCCUCAGCGACGUUACCAACCGUCUGCGCCACCUGACGCUCUCCAAGGGCGAUCCGACCGAGGCGCUCCUCUCCGCCUCGGCGGCCCCCCACGUCUUCAACGUGGUGAUCCCGCAGCAGGGCAGCCCCGUGACCACGCAGGGCGCCUCGGGCCGCUGCUGGCUCUUUGCGGCGACCAACGUGCUGCGCGUGCCCAUCAUGGCCCGGUUCCGGCUCGCGUCGCUGGAGCUCUCGCAGCAGUACCUCUUCUACUACGACAAGCUCGAGGCGGCCAACCACGUCCUCGAGCACAUCAUCGACACGGCGCACCGCGACGUCGACGACCGCCUCGUCCAGCGCCUGCUGCUCGACCCGGCCGACGACGGUGGCCAGUGGGACAUGUUCCGCAACCUCGUCGAAAAGUACGGCGUCGUGCCCCAGUGCCUCUACCCGGACUCGUGGAGCGCGCAAAACGCAGACGGCCUGCGCGCCGUGCUCGGCACCAAGAUCCGCGCCUGCGCCUUUGAGCUGCGCGAGCUCGCCGCCGCGAGACCGGCCGACGCCGCCGCCAUCACGGCCCGCAAGGCGCAGAUGGUCGGGCAGAUCCAGGAUAUCCUGACGACGCUGCUGGGCGCGCCGCCGCGCGCCGACGACGAGUUUGUGUGGCAGUUUACCGACAAGGACGGCGCGUAUGGCGAGCACCGCAGCACGCCGCUCGCCUUUGCCCGGGAGUUUACCGGCGCCGGCAGCGCGUGCGACCUCGCGGCGCUCACGUCCGUCGUGCACGACCCGCGGCACCCAGAGCACACCCGGCUCACCGUGGACCGCCUCGGCAACGUCGUCGGCGGCCGCCCGGCCACGUACAUCAACGUGUCCAUGGCGACGCUCAAGCGCGCCUGCGUGGCGAUGCUGCGCGCCGGCCGCCCCGUCUUCUUCGGCUGCGACGUGGACAAGUUCCGGCACCGCGGCCGCGGCCUGCUCGACGUCGCCGCGCUCGACUACGCCGCCGCCUUUGGGCCCGCCACCACGCUGCUGGAGCAGAGCAAGGCCGACCGUCUGCGCUCCGGCGAGUCGCUCAUGACGCACGCCAUGGUGCUCACCGGCGUCCACGUCGACGAGCGCACCGGCGCCUCUGUCCGCUGGCAGGUGCAGAACAGCUACGGCGAGGCCGACGGCUACAAGGGGUACCUGGUCAUGACGGACGCCUGGGCCGACGAGUUUCUGUACCAGGCCGUGGUGGACGCCCAGUUUCUGGGCGAGGAUGUGCUGGGUGCGCUGGACAAGGAGCCGCUGGUCCUGCCGCUGUGGGAUCCUCUGGGUUCGCUGGCGUGA